GCAUUUGAGACGUAACCGGCAGCGUGCAUGUUGUCCUGUGAAGCCCGCAGUUGCCGCACGCUUUCGGCUCCGCGCGGCUCCGCUGACUGUAGCCAUGGCAACAUUUUUUGGUGAGGUUUUAUCAGUUUACUCGAGAGCGGUGGAAGAGGAUGAAUACGACGACUUAGAGGACGAAAACGAGGAAGAUGCACAAAUCCGUCGUGAAAUAGAAGAGAAAAGGGAGGUUCGUGUUAGGUGGUGUCCAGAGGUUUCAGAGUCUGUAGGGAGCUCUGAACAGCUCCAGUGUUCAAACCUGAUCAUAGCAGUGGGACCCAAUGCUGCAGGUUUCAUCUCUGCGUAUGUACUGAGGUCUGAAAAUUGGACACAGGUGGGAUGGGUGUCUCUGUGGAACGAAAGGAGCCGCGGAUCCAACCGACCAGACACAGCUCCUCAGCCUGGAGAGCCGGGCUGUGUCAUCUACCGGCAGAACAGCUGUCCAUCAGUUCUUAUUUGCCAGUGUACAUGUUACAUUGCUGAAGAUCAGCUGUUCCAGUGGGCUGAAAAGGUAUUGGGCAGCAUGCAGAGGAGAAGUCUGAGUGUGACAGUGCUGUCUGAUGCCCCUCUGGCCGAGUAUAAAGUUCCAGACUACCUGAGUGGAGGUGAUGCUCCGUUCCUGCGUGCACUGAAAACCAUCACUUACACAAGCACCCUGCCCUGCCCUCUGCUGGAGCAGCCCAACAUUAUCACUGGCCUACCUGCCGCAGUGCUCAGCCACUGUCAGGUUCAGCGCAUCCCAGCUGUGCUCUUCCAGUGCUUCACUGAUGUGAUCCACCCAGACUCGGUUACCAUGGAAACCUAUAAACCAAUCCUGUCAUGUCUCGGCACAUCGGUGAAGCUGGAGACCUGCCUGAGUGUGGAAACGCUGCAGAAAUUAACCAGAAUUCACGAUGCCCAAAGCAACCUGUACACGUAAAGGUAGCAUCUUAGCAAAUCUGAAUCUACCUUUUGUAUUGUAAUAUAUAUUUUUAUGGCUAUUAAACACACAGUGACAGUAA